UGAAUUUUGCUAACUGCCUAGGUCGUGAUAGCCUUCACGCCACUUCCUCUCCUUGUCAUCAUGGGUAAGAACUAUAUAGCUUAUUUUUUUGGAAUCAAAAAAUAAAUAUAUAUAAUGGCCCCGUGUUCUUUCCCAGCUUGGAAAAGGGUAUAUAAACUGCAGGUCCACCCCCAGCGAAGCCUGUGAGAGCUCCCAACCGGAUUACCCUCCUACAGAUUUUUCAAGUGAACGAAAAGAAAAAAAAGAAAUAGGACAAGGGGGGAAAAGUCCAAAUCAAAUUAUAGCGAUGGCUUCCUCCGACAACAGGGCGGCCGCCACCAUCAUGGCCAGCGCCUUGCUCCUCCCCAUCGUAUCUCUGCUCGACCUCGCCUCCUUCGCCGUGAACUGCGUCGCCACCGCCCUGGGCAUCGACACCAGCACCAGCCGGCGGGGGGACACCCGCACGUUCACGGAAAAAUUCCUGCGCGACAUCCGGCAGCCCCCGCCGCCCCCCGGAACCGUGUGCAAGUGGCUGCGGGCAAACCUGCUAGCCUUCUACGACGGGUGGGUGUACGUGCAGAGACAGAGGCGCCAGCAGCAGUGGCGGCCGGGCGGCCCCGAUGAUGACUCCCACGUGAGCCGAUAUCUGCGCUGCCGGCACUGCCUCGAGAUGGCGGUGGAGUACUACGACGUCGACUCGGAGGACGACGACUACGACACCGACUCGGAGGACGACUACUACACCGACUCGGAGGACGACUACGAGACUGACUCGGAGGGCGACCAGACCGAGUACCACGACUUCGGCAGCGACGGCCCUAUCGGCCACAAUAACCACAGUGGUAGCGCGGAGCAAAAGAUCCGAGAGCUCAUGUUCCAGAAGGAGGACCUCCAGCACCAGCUCAUCGAGACGCGGGUGCUCCUCUCCGACACGGCCGACGCCAACGCCAAGCUGAAGAAGCAGCAGGCGUGGCUGCAGUGGCAGCUGUUCGCCGCGACGGACGGCAGGUACAGGGAGAGCGAUAUGCCCCAGCCCGGCUCGUAUCUGGCCCCGCACGUGAUGCCGCCGGCGGAGGAGACGUACAGGGCCAAGGGAGAGGAAGAGGGCGAGCACCAGCACCAGGGGGAAGGCGAGUACGAGAACGGGAACGGUAGCGAGCAGGGAUAUAAUAAUUAUGAGGACAGUGUUGCCGAGCCGGGCACGGAGGGCCCUGAUUACGAUGGGGAUAGGGACGAGGAUGAGAACCAGGCAAGGAGGGAAGACCCGGACUUGGAAUUGGGCUUGGGAGUGUAAUACGGGGAUGACGACGGAUCGUUUCGACGGACAGGAGGACCCUAGAGACACCGGGUCCUCUCUCGUCUAAGAUUCCAUCCACACCACACCGCCACUACCACCACCAUCGCAAGUACCCGGUCCCUUCCACCUUACCCAUCCACACUCUGCCCCCUCCUCAUUUAUAAGUAACUAGUAUUGGGGAAUUCAAUCCAUGGAUAGAUUGAUACAUUCCAGGUUACAUACCUAGGUUAGGUAGGUUAGGCCAGUCUAUCCUCCUCCCUCCCCUGAGGUACUAGGCAGACUAGGUUAGGCACAAAGCAGCUACCUACUAUUUAGGGAGAUAGUAUAAUUUAAAAAGGCCAGCGACGAGCACUCGAUACC